AUGAAAACAAUGCUAUAUAUUGUGACCAUUUGUGUCAUUUUGUUCAAUAUAUUGCACGCAUAUAACUGUACGGGAAUAUUGGUGACGGGCUAUUGUGGAGAUCCGGGACAUCCGGUCAAAUCGCAAGUCUCUCCCGCACAGAGUAUUUACAACGAGGACGAAAAUGUGGUCUAUAAGUGCGAUGACUACAUCUCAUUCAAACAAUACAGAAAGUGCUCAAAAGGCCAAUGGAUGGGAAAGCAUGCCGUCUGUGGUAAUGAUCUUAGAGGCCGAAACGCGUUCAGAGAUAAUGACGUAAAAGUGGCCAAAAUUUAUAACUUACUCAACAAUAAGUUAAUACAUGAAUACAAUAUCAACGGCUCUUUGGAACCGUUCGCCAAAUUUGGCAAUUCUUUUAUCGCCGAAAGGUAUGGACAACCGCUUCGG